AUGCAGUUUGAGUCAAUAUUACUUAUAUUUUCCUUUAAAAAGACAUUGGAGCGCGACAAAGACGAUUUUAUUCGGGAUUCAAAUCAGAAGGAGGACGAAGCCAGAAAACUACGCAGCAAAGCUGAAGACAAAAAAGAGCCAGGUACUAUGGCGGCCAUUAUGGGAGGACUGCUUGGCGUGGGGCUUGCACCUUUCACAUCUGGUGGCAGCUUGGUAGCCGUUGCAGCUGGAGGCGUGACCAUGACUGUUUUACUUGCAAAUGCCUCCGACUUGGAAAAAGACGCUCAAAUAAAAAGAGAUCUUGCAGAACAAAAAGAGGAGGCACGUCGUGUCUAUCAAACUAUUCGAGAUCGUGAAAGAGACUGUAAAAACAAGGAGCAAGAAGUGAGGAACAUUGAACACGAGAUAAGUUGUCUGUCAAACGAACAAAAGAGACUCACGGACGUAUCGAACCUUCUUUCAAAUUUUGUGGGCUGUAUUAUGCCGCUUCAGUUAGUGUUUCAGAACGCAGAGGUGACAUUCAGGGAUACAUUUCAACAGACAAAGGUGUUGGUGGUUUUUGACAAAGAAAAUACCAAGGAGAAAGAGGCGCAUGAUUAUGCAAAUAAUGUUUUUCAGAAAAUAAAGGACCGAUGGAAUGAGAUGGAAAACGAGCUUGUACAACAAGGACUGGCUGUGAAGGUCGACGAGUCCCGUCUUACUAUUAUUUAAGUGGACAAUACAUUUCAUUUGAAUCAAUCGUAAUCACACAUACUUCAUGGACACUACGUUACAUUUGAAUCUAUUGUAAUCCAAGAAACAAAAACCUUGCUACAAUUCUACAAUGCCUAAAGUAAUGUUCGUUUAUGCGUUGCACAAUUCCUCUCCACGUCGAUCCGCAUAGUUUAUGUUCUCACCGUAUGUAGCUAGCAUUGGGACUCUGCGUAUU